AUGGCGGACGAGAUCGAGGAGUUUAACUCCCGGAUUGGCAUGGCUGGAGAGCUGUGCCUAGGCAUAUCUUCGCAGCGCCCUACCGCCUCAGAAAGUUGGGACCGAGGUGGCCCAGACAAGGCGGAGGUGGCCAAUCGGGCGCUAGAGAGCAGGGCCCCAAUGUGGGGGAACCGGGGGGCAAAAGGCAAUUGCACCCUUGCAUCUGCGUCCUCAUUGGCCCACCCGCGUCUCGCCCGGACUCAGAGGCCGGACGGGGUGGCCUGGGUGACCAUCGUGGCAUCCAUGAGGCAGAAGGUCCAACGUGCCGAUGGAGCCAUGCAGGCCCAGCAUUCCAUUGGGGAGAAACGAAGGGAUCUGCGGGCGCGACGACUGGGUGCGCGAGGGGCAUUCAAGUGUAAGAAUUGCGAGCUUUCUCUGCGCUUCGCUGAGCGACCUUCACCUUCGCCAGAAUGUAACCCGGCGAAUCGCCUGGACAGCUUUCGGGGGAAGAAAAGUGGGAAGUUCUUUGCCGUAACCACCUGA